CAUAUUACCGACGAUUUUCUGAAAAUACGUUUUCCAGUUCGCGUCGGAAUACGAAACUUAUGGUAUUUUUAGAAGUAUAAUUUCUCACUCCAGAAGUUUCAAAUAGCAUGGUGAACGGAAAAAAUAGGCCACGCGGCUCUUUUUAGCACUUUUAACGUGUUUUUUAACAUUUAUUAACACUUAUUUUAUACCUUUUUCAUUUCUAAUUAACAUGUUGCGUGUAGAAAUUCAUUUUAGCUUAUGAUAUUUGAUUGAACGUUUUCGGUACACAAGAAGGUGUGGUUUUUGUAACUUUUCCUAACUAGUGAAGUUUACGUAUUGUGAUUCAUAACCAUGCCCCUAUUCAAGAAAAAAGUUGAACGGAAGAAAUCUCUCAGCCGAAAAGAGAUUUCUUUGGCAAGAUUGGAAAAUUUUCGGCAGGAAGUUGUUACUGAUCACCAUACUGCUGCUUUAAGUGAAAUCUGUAGAAGAUUUAACACCGAUAGAGAAAAGGGCUUAACAGUAGAGCAAGCUGCCGCUGUGUUAGCGAAAACUGGUCCUAACAUUCUGACCCCAUCUCAUAAGACUCCAGAAUACAUAAAAUUCAUUAGGACUCUAACACAUGGUUUCUCAUUACUACUAUGGAUAGGAGCCGCACUAUGCUUUACUGCUUGCCUGAUAAGAAAACUUUCUCAAAACGAAACAGACACAGACAACUUAAUUUUAGGAAUCGUACUUGUAGUUGUAGUGGUAGUUACUGGUUGUUUUAUGUAUUCUCAAGAGCACAAAAGUCAAAAGAUUAUGGAAUCAUUUGCAAAUAUGGUCCCACCAAAAGCAACUGUGAUAAGAGGAGGAGAAACGAUGACUGUGGUGUCAAGAGAUUUAGUCGUAGGUGACCUCGUAGACAUGAAAUUUGGAGAUCGAAUACCAGCUGACGUAAGAAUUAUACAAAGUCAAGGAUUUAAAGUGGAUAACUCAGCAUUAACAGGAGAGUCGGAGCCACAACCACGUGGAACAGACUGCAGUAGCGAUAAUCUUUUAGAAACGAAAAAUUUUGCAUUUUUUUCAACAAAUGCAGUUGAAGGAACAGCGAAAGGUAUUGUGGUAGCCACGGGCGAUCAAACAGUAAUGGGACGCAUUGCUGGACUUACUGCUCGUCUUCAACCGAAUAAAACCCCAAUAGCAAGAGAACUAGAACAUUUUAUGAAAAUUAUUUCUGUUUGGGCUUGUUUCCUAGGAGUUGUAUUUGGAAGUGCUGCUCUUGGUAUGAAUUACUCCUGGAUAGAAGCCUCUCUAUUUUUGAUUGGUAUUAUCGUGGCAAAUGUACCAGAGGGUCUUUUGGCAACGGUAACAGUUUGCCUUUCGGUAACAGCAAAACGAAUGGCUGCAAAAAACUGUUUGGUUAAGAAUCUGGAAGCCGUGGAAACCUUGGGUUCUACUUCGAUUAUUUGCUCUGACAAGACGGGUACUCUUACCCAAAACAAAAUGACUGUAUGCCAUUUUUGGUGCAAUAAUAAAAUAAUGUGUGCAGAUAGUACGGCUGAACAAAAUGAUGCUAAAGGAUAUAAUCAAGUGGAAGGCUUUAUGACAUUAAUGAGAUGUGCUACGCUUUGUAAUAGAGCAGAAUUCUUGCAUGGUGAAGAAAAUCAGCCGGUUUUAACAAGAAAAGUCAGAGGGGAUGCAUCGGAGGAAGCAAUUUUAAAAUUUGUUGAAUUGAGUAAAGCUCAUGGCAGUCCCACUGAAUUUAGACAAAAAAAUCCAAAGCUCCUAGAAAUACCCUUUAGUUCAACAACGAAAUACCAGAUCAGUAUUCAUUCUAUGGAAGAUGGUUAUUGUCUUUUAGUAAUGAAGGGUGCUCCAGAACGUAUUUUAGCUAGGUGUUCUACUAUUUGCACCGAAUAUGGCACUAAAGAAAUGACAGAUGAAAUAAGAGAACAGUGUGAUAGAGCUUGUACGGAAUUGGCUGAAAAGGGGGAAAGAGUAUUAGGGUUUGCUGAUUUAGUCCUGGACAGUUCUUAUACCAAAGAUUUUAAAUUUUGUGCAGAGCCAGCAAAUUUUCCGAGAAAAGAUCUCAGAUUUGUUGGGUUUAUGAGUCUUAUUGAUCCACCUAGACCUCAGGUACCUGAUGCCGUUGAUAGAUGUAGAACUGCUGGAAUACGUGUUGUAAUGGUCACAGGGGAUCAUCCUAUUACUGCUAAAGCGAUUGCUCGCGAAGUAGGAAUAAUUUCAUGCGAAGAAGUAAUUGACGCUUUUAAUAUAAAUACUAUUGAAACUCUUCCUCCAAAUUUAAAAAAUAAAGCUAUAGUUAUUCAUGGUUCAGCUCUUCGAGAUAUGAACAAUGAUGAAUUAGACAGAAUUCUAUAUAAUUUUAAGGAGAUUGUAUUCGCCAGAACAUCGCCAACGCAAAAGCUACAUAUUGUUGAAGGAUGCCAACGACUAGGAGAAAUUGUUGCCGUCACUGGAGAUGGAGUUAACGAUGCCCCUGCUCUGAAAAAAGCUGAUAUUGGUAUAGCUAUGGGUAUAUCUGGUUCAGAAGUGUCCCAGCAAUCUGCUGACAUGAUCUUGCUUGACGACAAUUUCGCCUCUAUUAUUACCGGUGUAGAGGAAGGGCGAAGAAUUUUUGAUAAUCUAAAGAAAUCUAUUGCAUAUACCUUGGCUUCCAAUGUCCCUGAAAUAUUGCCAUUUUUGGCUUUUGUACUUCUAAACAUUCCACUUCCCCUAGGUGUUAUGGCAAUUCUGUGUAUAGAUUUGCUUACCGAUAUGUUGCCAGCCAUUAGUCUUGCCUAUGAAAGAGCUGAAAGCGAUAUUAUGUUGCGCCCGCCAAGAAAUCCCAGAAAAGACAAAUUGGUUACCAGGAAAUUAUAUUUUCUAGCUUAUGGUCAUAUUGGUAUGGUAGAGGCUGCCGGUGGGUUCUUUGUCUACUUCGCAAUUAUGGCCGAACAUGGAUUUAUGCCUACAAAAUUGUUCGGACUUCGAUCAGAAUGGGACUCACCCUUUAUCAACGAUUUACUAGAUUCCUAUGGACAAGAAUGGACAUACGAACACAGAAAAGAGUUAGAAUACACUUGUUAUACAGCUUUUAUGAUAUCCGUAGUUGUGACUCAAUGGCUGGAUCUAAUUGUUUGUAAAACCAGGAUCAACUCAAUUUUUAAACAAGGAAUGGGAAAUAUGGUACUUAAUAUUAGUUUAGUAGUGGAAACAGUAGUCGCCUGUAUGCUUUCAUACCUUCCAAGUAUGCAUUACCUGAAGUUUUAUCCUAUAUUAUUUAGAUGGUGGUGUUACUCCAUCCCCUUCGCACUCUUUAUAUUCCUUUUUGACGAGUUUAGGAAGUGGAGAAUACGAAGCAACCCAGAUGGCUGGUAUCGAAAGGAAACUUAUUAUUAAUAUAUUAUUAUAUAGCUUUUUGUCUAAAAUAGUAGAAAUUAAAAUAAAAUGUACUUCUAGAAUA